CCGUCCAAUUGCGGGCGACCACGACCGGUGUGGGAGGGAAGCGCCGGUUGGACAAAUCCCCGCACGGAGUGACGCCCCCGUUCGCAUAGGCUGGCUACCCGGACAGCGCAGUUGAGCACGCCCGAGAGGGCACGAGGAACGCGGAGGGAGGCGGGGGGGAAUGGGGAGAGGAGGGAGGAAGAGGGGGACUAAAGACAAAAAAAGAAACAAGGCAAGAUGGCAAACGAGGGCGGGCUUCUCGACCAGUUCUUGGCCCGCGACAAAGCGUUCCCCGGAGAGCUCUGGGCCUGGUUCUGCAUCGGCACCGUCAUCAUGAUCCUCCGUUUCGUCGUCAGGCUCCGAAUGGUAGGCGCGGCCGGGCUCGCGGGAGACGAUUACUUUAUGGUCCUGACCUUUGCCUUCCACGGGGCCUUGGUCACCAUGGCACUUCUGAUCUACCAGUACGGGACCAACGUCGACCUCGGACAGGCCGAAAUCGACCGGCUGUCCGAAGACGAGAUACUGCAGCUGGGCGAGGGGUCCAAGUACCUGCAGGUCUCGUGGUAUCUUUACACGUGCUUCCUGUGGUGCAUCAAGGCCUGCGCCCUAUCGUUCUAUCGUAGAUUGACAUUUUGCCUCUGGCAGAACACGUGGGUGUUCAAGGCGCUCUGCUGGUUCACGUUCUUGUCGUUCUUCGCCGUGAUCCUUGUCAUCUCGCUGAGCUGUUUACCCUACGACAACAACUUUCUGGUCCGGCACCUUCCGCCGCCAGAGUGCCGGUUCCAGAAGCAGAACCUGGUGGCCGUCGUGGUCUUGAACGUGCUCACCGACUCGGCCAUCCUCGUCCUCCCCGUCCCCGUGCUCCGGGACCUGCGGCUGCCGUGGUUCAAGAAGCUCGCCAUCGGGCUGCUCAUCUGCUCCGGCUUCUUCGUCAUCGCGGCCGCGGCCGUCCGGCUGGCGGCCACGCUGGACGCGGCGCCGUCGGCCGUCACCAUUGUGCGCUGGGGCGUGCGCGAGUGCGAGAUCGGCCUCCUCGCCCUCAGCGCCCCGGUCCUGCGCCCGCUCUUCUCGCGGAAGCUGUGGUGCGGCGGCGGCGGCGGCGGCGGCGGGCGCGGCGUGGGCAACGACAGCGCCGCCGGCAACGACGACGACGAUGGCGGGCCGAGCUGGCGCGGCGGGGGGAGGAGCUGCUUCUCGUCGUGCUGGGGCGGGGGCUCGGGCGAGGCGACGUGGGACGUGGAGGCGGCCGGGCCGUCGAGCGCCGACUCGCCCGGGAGGUCGCGGCAGCAGCAGCGGCAGCAGCAGCAGAUGGAAGAGCAGCUGGAGGGGCAGCUGCGGGAUGCUGGGCGGUGGACAGGACAGCGGCAGCAGCAGCAGACCGGGGAAGAGGCUGCUGGGUCGCGAACAAACGCGGGAGAUGAGGAAAAGCACAAGGACUGCGGCGGGGACGCCGCCGGGGACGGCGAUUUGGACACGGAACAGACCGGGCCAUCGCCGCCGCCGCAGCCAGUCGAUGCCGGCGACGUGACGAUGGUGCCUACGGCGCCGGAAGCUGGCGUCGUCCGCGCCGGGGCCGUGGAGGGUGGUGCAGGGAAAGGGGGGCUGUGUAGGUCAAGGCUAUUUUGCGGGGUGGACGGGAAGGGCAGGGAAAAGGGGAGGAGAGGCUUGAUAGCGCUCCGGCAGUUAUCAACAUGACGAUUCCAGCAAUGAGCUGUGCCAUAGGGGUGG